AUGUCAGCAAUAUUCUGGAUCUCAUCUUCGACAUCCUCUAUAAUACGAGGAACCUGGGACAGAAAUCCUCCAAAAACCCUUAUAUCUGACUUGGAUGAUCCGAUGUUCCUUAAAUAUGACAUUACAAGUCAAAGGAUAUUUUGGCUGGAGAGUAGUGUACUCGAUUUCAUUGGCUGGCUAAGUGGAGAGGAAAUUCAUUUUUCAAGCAAAACAUCUUCUGCAUCAGAGGUUUAUUUCAAUAUAUUUCCAAACCCAGUGCAGGUUAAAGCAUUUGAUCCAAUUCUGCAAGAUGAUUUAAAAGGCACUUGUCAUAUUCUCAAUGGAAGAUGUGGUGAUAUUUGUACUCCUACAGGAAACAAAAGUAAAUGUGAAUGCGACAUUGGCUUACAACUCCAAGCAGAUCAAAGGUCAUGUGACAGUAGUUUUACUAAUGCUGAGCGUAUAGCUGUUGAUCAAUCAACCGGAAACAUUUACAUCACGGCCAUUUCUUCUCAGUCAAAUAGCAGUUAUGUUGGAGUGUUACACAGAACACAAUUGGUUCACAAAAUAUUGAUACAUGACUUGCAAAAUCCAAAAGCAAUUGUGUUGCAUUCAGCAAAAGGAAUACUGCUUUGGACAGAGAUUGGAAUAUUUCCCAGAAUAGGAAGGGCAUCUAUGGAUGGUACAUCUAAAGAAUAUAUAGUAACAAUCAAUGGCGGAUCCCCAAACGCUUUAGCUUUGGACUUUGAAACUGAUCGACUCUACUGGACUGAUGGUCAGAGGAACACAAUAGAAUAUACUGAUCUCGAUGGAAGAAAUCAACGCGUUUUGGCAACCGCCAAGGAUGCACAGCUUGCUGAUAUCGUGUUAAAUAGACAGUUUCUAUAUUAUACCUCCUGGAAUAGACAGUAA